UCGCCGCGUCCAGGUGGUUCACAUUCGAAACAAGACCGACCCGUCGCACACGCCGUCAGCACUGCCGAGCACGCCGACACCCUGAGCCACACAACUCACCGAGGCGACAGACACAUUCGUCAUUUUAAUAAACUAUUAAAAAUAAGAUGGAUUGCAAACUGACCGUUUUGGCCGUGUUGUUGGGAGUCGUUGCCAUCGCACUCUCCGCAGACGAAAAGUCAUCGACACCAGCACCGGAAGCGGAAGGAACAAUUAGAAUUUACCGCAGACUCAUACCAGCAGAUGUCUUAAGAGAUUUCCCCGGGCUGUGUUUCGCGUCGACCAAAUGCGCUACCGUCGAACCCGGACACACAUGGGAGCUAUCUCCGUUCUGCGGACGUUCCACUUGCGUGCAAGGCGAGGGCACUGACCGUCUUCUGGAACUGGUCGAGGACUGCGGCCCGUACCCCAAGUCCAACCCCAAGUGCAAGCUGUCCGAGAAGACCAACAAGACGGCCGCGUUCCCGGAAUGCUGCCCCGUGUUCGAAUGCGAGCCCGGCGUAAAGCUCGAGUACCCCGAGAUCACAGUCAUCGAGAACUCCGAAGCGGCGGGAGCCGAAGGAGCCGCGGCGGCCGGCACCACCUCCUCACCGGCAACGGAAAAACCCAAAGCUUAACGACGGGACCAUGACACUGCAAUCACGUCGCCCCAAUCCCUCUCCCCGCACUUCUCAUUAUUAUUAAAUAUAUAUACCUAUAUAUGAUUACAUAUAUACAUAAUUUUUUUUUUUUA